GACAUUUAAUAAAUGUAAUAAUUUUACCUUUUAAAUUAUAUUAUUAGUUUCUCUGGAUAUAUUGAGUUAAAUCAGAGCAACUAUGGGCGACGAUCCGGACAUUCCCGAGAGAGAAAUGAAGGAUUUUCAGUUCCGUCAGACGAAGAAAAUCCGCGUGUUCGAUACUCCCGAGGAUUUACCCAGGGAGCGCUCGGGCCUUCUCGCCAUCUCGAACAGAUACGGCGUGACUUUCGUGGGCCAGGACAGAACCCUUAAGGUGUUUUUAACCGAGGACAUCAUCGCUGCUGCCAGGGUCGACGGGAACACCAAUGACAUAGUGGAGAACGUGAAGUGCCAGGAUGUGAUCGUCGACCUGCCCGUGCACCAUCUCGCCCUCUGCAGCGAUGAACUCACUCUGUCUGUGUGUGGCGCUAGUGAGGACACCACUCUCACCCUGGACUUCUACGACGUCCGCACCUUCUUCAACACGGCCAGACCGGAGAAGAGGCCGUUCGCCUCCCUUAAACCAGCGGCUGACUUGAACACGACAGUGCAAGACCUCAAAUGGAGUCCGGUGGAGGCGUUUACACUGGCACUGUGUCUCACCGACGGCGGCAUGAUGGUGCUGGAUGUGAAAGACAGCGUUAAGGUGGUGGCACAGCUUCCUGCUGCGGUAGGCAUCACCUGUGUUUGCUGGAGUCCCAAAGGGAAGCAAGUUGCAGCCGGGAAGCAAGACGGGACGGUCGUUCAGUACACUCCUACUCUGCAGGAAAAGAAGGUCAUCCCCUGUCCGAAUUUCUACACCUCUGACAACCCCGUCAAAGUGCUGGACGUGUUGUGGCUGAGCACGUACAACUUCACCGUGAUCUACGCAGCGGCCGACGGCGCCCUCGAGACGCCGCCCGAGGUGGUAGUGGCGACCCUUCCUAAGAAAGACGAGAGGAAGGAGGAGAAGUUCGUCAACUUCAGUGAGAUGGUGUAUGGAACGUGCUCCGAGAGGCAGCACCAUUUUUUCCUUAAUCACAUCGAAGACUGGGAUCUCAUCCUGGCCGCGUCCGCCGCCUCUAUUGAAGUAAACAUCCUCGCCAAGCAGGAAGACAAGAUAAACUGGGAAUUGUGGACGCUGGAGGACCAGAGCCGGGCUGAGCUUCCCGUCACUCUGCACAGCGAAGACACGCUUCCUGUCGGAGUAGGCAUCGACUACACCAACCUAGGGGAGAUCGAAAUAACAAAUGAGAAGAAGCUGCCGCCCGUGCCCACCCUGCUGAUCCUCUCCACGGACGGAGUGCUGUGCCCUUUCUCUCUGCUCAAUCUGAACCCGGGAGCCAAACAGCUGGUCACGCCCGCGGUCAGGCCGCCUCUGGAUGGAGAAAGACCUCCGUUAGCCAAGUCUGUUGCUGCCAAACCUUCCAUGUUCCCUUCAUUCAAAAUUCCGUCCACCACCGCUCCCUCCACGUCUGCCCCGCUUCCUCCUACGGCUGUCGCCGCUCCUAUUUCCUCCACUUUCCCCUCUACUAUUCCCGCGUUUUCCUCCAGCUCCUCCACGACUUUCCCUUUCGGCUCGCUCGGUGCCGCCCCGUCCGCCCCUCUGGCUUUCCCCUCGUCGUCCGGCUUCUCCUUUCCAGCCCCAAAAUCUUCCGGUGAAGCCCAGUCUGCCUCCUCGUUCUCCUUCAGCGCUGCCUCUUUGAAACCCUCCACGGUGGGUACGAGUGCGUCUGCGGCAGCAGCUUCACCCGUCGGCGUGCCGAAGGUCCCGGCCGAACCGGCUACCCCGAAUGUUAGAGUGAACCUCAAUGACAGAUUUAAAGUAGCGGACACUCCUGCUCCACCGGCUUCAGCUGCACCGCCUUUCUCAUUCGCCUCCACCCCCAAACCAGCAGCAGUUCUGGAUUCCAGCUCUCAGCCGGCACCCAAACCACAGUUCAGCAUCAGCAAACCUGCUGCUCCUGCAGCGACUCGCCCUGCUCCGGCCCAGAGCGUCACUCCGGCGGCUGCGGUCCACAAACCUGCUCCUGCUCCUGCUCCUGCUGCUCCAUCUGCAACACAGGCCUCACAGAGCUUGGCGACGAGAACCGUGGAGAAACGGCUUCAGCAGAAAAAAGAUUUAGAUCCCGUCAUGGUCGGGAUCAAAGAGGAGAUCGCACAUUUUCAGAAGGAGAUGGACGAUCUGAAGGCGCGCAUUAACCGAGCAGAUUUCCAAGUGGGGAGCGGCGAGGAGAUGAGGGAACUGCGCAAGGAGAGCGAUAAUGUGCACGCGUUCACGCUGGAGAUCAAAGAGACCACAGAGUCCGUGCACGGGGACAUCAGCGUUCUAAAGACGACUCUGCUGGAAGCCUUCGCGGGAGUAGAAGAAGCUCGAGCUCAGAGUGAACUGAACAAAGACCAGGGUUACCUACAGCUGCUCUACAAGAAACCUCUGGACCCCCGCAGCGAGCAGCAACUCAAGGAGAUCCGCAGGCUGUACCAGUAUGUGAAGUUUGCCGUGGAGGACGUCAACGACGUCUUGGACCUGGAGUGGGAGAAGCACCUGGAGAAGAAGAGAAAACAAAGGCUACUGAUCGUCCCUGAGAGAGAGGCGCUCUACACGGCUCUGGCCAACAACAUGGACAUCAUCAACCAACAGAAACAGAAGCUGGAUCAGCUGGCCAAGGACCUGCAGAGCCUCAGACUCUAUAACAAAACCUCGGUGUGGAACGAGCCCAGUCACACCCCCUACACCUCAUCAGCAGCAAUACAGGAGUUGGACAGCGAGCUGGAGAGUCUGAAGAACGCCUGGUUGAAGGCUAGUCUGGGUACCCCCUCCAAGACUCCCUCCAAAUCUCCAUCUAAGAUGACUCCAGUCAAACAGGCUCAGCUGAGGAGCUUCCUGUCUAAGCGGCAGACCCCACCGGUUCGAUCCACUGCUCCAGCCAACCUUUCGAAGUCGGCGUUCCUCUUCCCCAAGUACGAGGACGAUAUGGACGACACCAGCUCCACCUCGUCUCUUUCUCACGCUCUGGAGCCCGAGGAGUCUUUGGCGGUGGCCGAGGAUGAGGAGGAGCCUACGCCUCUUCCGCCCGGCCUGCGCCACCUUCCUGUGGUGCGCACCACGUCCAUCCAGCCUGGAUUUAGCAUGGAGUCCACACCGCUGAGCUUGAAGCAAGGGUGGCCGGCGGCCAUCGGCGGUCGUGCGCUACCCAAGAUCAACAUGGAUAGUGCAGACAGCACAGCUCUGGCAACCAAGACGGUGAAACACGGACCCAUUCCUGCAGAAAAGACCACGUCCGCGGAGAGGAGCGCAACCAACGUCCUGCCCGCCAAUCAGGCUGCAGCACGAGCCGCCUUAAACCGACAGAUGAACAGUCAGAGACCAGUGACGUCUCUGACUGAAGCGACUCUGAAGACCGUGCCUCAGGUGGUGAAUGUGCUGGAGCUGAAGGACAAGGGUCCUGCCAUGCCUGGUUCUACUCAGAUCGGCUCCUCUGUUCCUGCCUCCACAGCUCAGGCUCUUCAGCAGGUUCUUGCAGGCAUUGAGGCCACAAAAAAUUCCUCUCAGAACGCAGUAAGGGCUCCUCCACCGGUCAUCGAUAGCACUACUGCCCAAAAGCCCGGCAGUGUGAUUGAUUUAAGUCAGAUGGGUAUAAUGUCACGGAAUCCAGCCCCCUCUGUACCAGGCAGCAGCACAAUCUCCACCAGACCUCCCUUCCAGCCCCCUAAACUUCAAGAGGAGACUCUCGGCCCCUUCUCCGGCCUCAAAGUGGGCCAAGCGGAGGAAGUCAAAGAACCUCCAAAAAACACUCCCGCGUUUCCAUUCAAUUCGUCUGGUUCACCGUUCACGUUCGGUCCACCUCAGCCCAGACCGACGCCCGCCGAUUCAUCCGGCGCUUCAGCGGAUGCGCCGAAAAACCCGGGACUCUCUGCUCCGCCUGCAUCAUCAUCAUCGGCAUCAUCAUCAGCCACCGGCACGUUUUCAUUUACGACUCCGUCUUUUCCUGCGCCCUCCUUCACCAGCCCCCUCGUGACCCCGUCGGAAAGCGAGAGACCUUCAGAACCGGAGCCGUCUCCUCCACCCGAGUCGACCGCUCCUGAAGAAGCUUCCUCGGGUCCCAGCUCUGAACCUCCGGCACCGUCAACGCUCGCCCCGUCUCCGCUGACCGUCGCUAAACCUCUUUUACCUUCGCAACCGACACAACAAGGCGGCGAUAAACCCCAGACUCGGACGUCUGCUCCCGAGGUCACGCAGCCCACGGUCGCGACCCCCGCCCAGGCGGUGCCCGUAACCGCACCCGUCCAGGAGACGACCCCCGCUACUACUCAUACUCCGACUCCUGCGCAGCUGCCACCGCCGGCUGAAACGACAUCGGCUCCGGCGCCGGCGUCAACCGCUCCGGGUUCCAUCUUCACCCAGCCUGCUGUGAGCACCGGCAGUACGACUUUAGCGGUCACCAGCUUCACACCCGUCAUCUGUACGGCAGCGAGCACCACGACACCAGCGUCAGUAUUCAGCCAGCCGGUCAGCACCUCGUCCGCCCCGGCGUUCGGAUCUUCUCCGUUCGGCACCGUCUCCACCACCUCCACUUUUGGAAAGCCCGUCUUCGGACAGCCGGCGGCAGGCGGGUUCGGCUCGCCCGGCUUCUCUUUCAACCAGUCGACGUUUGGGAGUGGCGCGGUGUUCGGACAGACACCUGCGGCGGCUCCCGCUCCCGCUCCGACUCCUGCUGCUCCUCCUCCGGCCUCCAGCGGUGGAGGAGGAGGCUCGCUUUUCGGCUCAGCCAGCCCCAGCGGUGCCAGCACGUUCUCCUUUGCAGCCAGCAGUACCAGUUCGGCGCCAAACCCCGGAGCGAGCAUCUUCGGCCAGAGCGGCACGCCCGCCUUCGGUCAGAGCGGCGGCACGGGGUUCGGACAGGGGGCGCCGUUCGGGAGCAGCACCAGCACCACCACCACCACCGCGUCGGCCUCUGGGUUCAGCUUCACACAGCCAACUGUGGCAUUUAGCAGCACUUCCCCUUCUUCAGUGUUUGGUCAGCAGCAGAGCAGCACCAGCGUCUUUGGCCAGUCCUCGUCCAGCGGAGGCUUGUUCGGCUCUUCCGCCACCAACAGCUCUUCCCCGUCAGGUGGGGGAUUUUUCAGCGGUCUGGGAGGCAAACCGAGUGAAGACGCUGCUAACAAAAACCCGUUCGGGUCCACCACCACUGCUGCGUUUGGACAGACCAAUCAAACAGGGGGAACGGUCCUGUUUGGGAACAGCGGAGCGAAGUCCUUGGUGUUGCCGGGUUCAUCAUUUGAAGAGCAGAAGCCCGGCGGGACCUUCAGUGCCAGCGCCGGUGCCAUCUCUGUAGCGGCUCAGGGGUUCGGAUCCUUCUCCACCCCAGCUAAAACAGCUGGAUUCGGGAGUGCGCCCGUGUUUGGAAGCCCCCCUGCGUUUGGAGGAUCUCCUGCUUUCGGGGGUUCGGCCACCUUCGGCUCAGCGCCGGCCUUCAGCGGUCCGCUGGGCUCCUCGCCUUCUAAAGUGUUUGGAGAGGGAACAGCAGCGUCCAACGUCGGAGGAUUUGGGUUUUCUUCCCCUUCCAGUGGCCCCAGCUUCGGCAGCCUGGCCAAUCAGAACAGCACGCCGACUUUCGGCAGCUUGUCUCAGCAGGGCCCGGCGUUCGGGGCCCAGAGUGGCGGUGGAUUCUCAGGCUUCGGUUCUCCUGCAGCUUUCGGAGGCUUCGGGAACACAAACACCAAUCAAUCUACUAAUCAAACCUUUGGUGGCUGGAGAAGCUAGAUGGUUACUGGAAUAUCUGCCGCCCAUGAGACUUUUUCAUCAAAGCAGGCACCAAAAAUCAGCAUCUUUAAUCAAAAUACCAUGAAAUGACAAGUUUUCCAAUAUUCAUAAUUAAAACACAAUCUAACACCAAUAUUGUUUACCGAAACACGCUUGAACAUCGGUAUAUUCCAAUAAAGCACCAUCAGAUGACGAAAACUUCCUCAAUCAGUCCCCAUCAUCCUUCAUCAGAACCCAAACACCAACAUUCUCAAUACAACUCCAUGAAACACCAACAUUUUACAUCAGAACCCCAUCAAACACCAGCAUUCUUAUACACCAUCAUCCUCCAUCAGAACCUAAACACUAACAUUCUCAACAUAGCUCCAUUAAACACCAACAUCCUACAUCAGAACCCCAUCAAACACUAUUAAACACCAACAUACUACAUCAGAACCCCAUCAAUCACCUACAUUAGAACCCCAACAAACACUAGCAUUCUCUAACACCAUCAUCCUCCAUCAGAACCCAAACACCAACAUUCUCAGUACCAUGAAACACCAACAUCCUACACCAGACACCAUAUUAAUGUGUUAUAAUAACCGCCCUCCUCCACCUGCUCCUCUAUCAGUCAUGUUUCCUAUAUGAGGAUCAGGUCUACUGAGAAACUUUGCAUUGAGUUUGAUUGAUACAGAUUUUCCUUCUUCAUGAUCUUUAUUUUUAUGAGAUUCUAACACUGUGUGAGUUCUGAAUGAGUGACGUGUGAUUGGAUGAGACACCAGUCAGGUUUAAGUUCUGGUCUUCAAUCUAAAUAUGAAAUCGUGCCUCUGUCCUUUAUCAACGUUUUUAUUGGAAUAAACUGAGUUCUCAUCGUCA